AUCGGCUUACUGCCGUCCAGUUCGGAAUAAGAUCGAAUCCAUUCCCUGGUGGUAUUGCAUUGUGUCGUGCCGUGUUGUCAUCGAGCUUAGCGAUACGAGGCGUAUAAGCAUCCUGAUACCAUCUUUUCUUCUUUCUUACCUCGACCUUCUCUUGCAGACCCCUCAAAGCCAAAGCAGCUAUCACUCGUUAUUUCCACAAUCAAACUGCAGCUGUUCAGCUGCGAGCCGGUUUCCCUUCUCACAAUCCGGGCGUCCAUCAGUACAUACAUUCUCGACCGUUGUUAUCAUACAUACGGUACUGCUGUCGGAUCUGAUGUCCUGAACUGUUUCCCGAUCUCGCGCAAGCCUCACAGACGCCUACGACGCCCAUUAUGAGAUACGCACAUCCCACCCUGGCUGGCCUGCUCUCGCUGGCAGCCAGGACUGGAGCCGACCCAACAUGGCCCGCCGCAACCGACGAGAUGGAGGAGAUUGUGUAUCAGCUCCAGGGGUUUAAGGGCAGGGUUUUUAAUGAUGUCAUUACGCCUUGUAACAAUGAGGCUGCCGGGCCUGGGAGGGUAACGGCCUCGGAGUGGCUGCGGGUGGGAUUCCACGACAUGGCCACCCACAACCGCGUCUUCGGCACCGGCGGGCUCGACGCCUCACUCCAAUUCGAGCUCACAAACGGUGAGAACACCGGGCCAGGCCACAACACCACCCUCAGGUUCUUGGCCAAUUACUACUCAUCCAAAUCGAGUAUGGCCGACCUGAUUGCCGCCGGCGUCUACGCCUCCGUCCGAUCUUGCGGAGGCCCCGUCGUUCCCCUUCGCCUCGGGAGGAAAGACGCAACGUCCAGCGGCAGCACCGGCGUACCACAGCCCCAGAACUCGGCCGAAACGUUUAGGCAACAGUUCGACCGUAUGGGGUUCAGUACUGAGGAGAUGAUCCAGGUGACGGCUUGCGGACAUACUCUUGGUGGUGUCCACUCGGAAGAGUUUCCCGAGAUUGUGCCCUCCGGUACGGGAACGAACGGUCAGAAGCCGCUUGAUACCACCGAUGCUACGUUUGAUAACAAGGUGGUCACUGAGUACAUCUCGGGGACAACGCAGAAUCCGCUGGUUGUUGGGCCAGCUGUUGCGGUGAACAGACACUCGGAUUUCAAGGUGUAUAACAUUGAUGGCAAUGCCACGAUGAACGGGUUAACAUCGGCGACGACUUUCAGGGACGUUUGCAAGACUGUUCUUCAGAAGAUGGUUGAUACUGUGCCCUCGGGGGUGACGUUGACGGACCCAAUUGCCCCGUAUGCGGUUAAGCCUGUUGAUAUGCAACUGACCUUGAAUUCGGGAGGUAGCACUUUUCUUCUGAGUGGGUAUAUCAGAGUUCGCACAACAAACCGGGCUUCUGGCGCCAUCAAGAACAUCAACAUGACUUGGAAAGAUAGAAACGGGGGUUGCGCUUCGGGGUCAUGUUCAUAUACCGCCACCGUACAAGGAGCUGGUACCGGGUUUGAUGAUACUUUUGAGUUUUUCCCUAUCUCGACCAACAUUCCCACUUCCUCAGGCAUUUCUUCCUUUACAGUCACCGUCAAUCUCAACGACGGCACCAGCGAGUCGUACGACAACAACGGAAACUCCUACCCUUUAUCAGAUGCCAUCAUCCUCCAAAAACCCCAGAGCUGUCUUCUUCAAAGCUCAGGUGCACUCACCGUUUCUGCGCUUGUCCGCAACGACAUCACCGCAACUCCCUCGCUGGGCAUCUCUUACCUUACUCCCCGCGGCGUCGUCCGCAACGGCAACCCUGUCCCUAUCCUCAGCAGUACCACCGUCGCCAUGGCCAAAGGCGACUGUGCCGGUCUCUACACCUUCUACUCAGCCAGCUACACCAUCGCAGGUGGUCUGAGUUACGCCGCCAAACUCAGUGUCACCGCAGGCUCCAACUCCGAUAGCUUCAACAAGGCCAGCGAUCUAUCAGGCAGCUGCGCUGCCUUUUCUGGAACUGCAUCCUGCACCACGCCUGGUGGUGGUGGUGGUGGUGGUGGUGGUGGUGGUGGUGGUGGUGGUGGUGGUGGUAACGAGCCAGACGCUUCUUCCACGAUCGCCAGCUCUUCCGCAGCUGGGCCAUCAUCAACCAGUAGCGUAGUCAAGGUCACCAGCUCCAGCCACAUCACCAGCAGCACCACCAUCGCCCCCUCCAGCACCACCUCCUCCACUACUCCCACCGCCACCGGUCCCGCCAGGAAACCCACAGUCGCCGGCUACACCCGCCUCCGCUGCGCAACCGAAGGAUCCGGCGUGCGCGCCCUAACCGGCGCCUCCUUUGCCUACGACACAAUGACGCUCGAGUCGUGCGCGGCCAACUGCACCGCCGCAGGCAACUUUGCCUACUUCGGCGUCGAAUACGCUCGCGAAUGUUACUGCGGCAACUCCUUGGCAGCUAGCAGCUCCGAGGCGCCCGAUAGCGAGUGUAACAUGUUGUGCGCUGGUGAUGCGACGGAGUAUUGCGGGGCGGGGAAUCGGCUGGAGUUGUACGCGAAGCCUUCUUCUGGUGGGACGGGAACAACAACAAUAAUAACAAGUACUACUACUAGCGCAGCACAGCCAACGGCUACCCUGGGAAGAAAGGACACGGUGGGCGAUUACGUCUUUGUCGGAUGCCAGACUGAAGCUACUGAAGGCGGUAGGGCGCUGGAGGGCAAGGCCUGGGCUGAUGACGGGAUGACGCUGGAGGGAUGUGCGGAGGCUUGUAGUGGGUGGGAGUAUUUUGGGGUGGAGUAUGGAAGGGAGUGCUAUUGCGGCAACACCCUCCGAGGCGGCUCCGCUCCCGCUCCGCUGGCUGAUUGCAGCUUCACUUGUGCCGGUACUCCUUACGAGUACUGCGGCGCUGGAAAUCGACUUGAGCUUUAUCGGUUGGCGAGUGCUAUUUCGUCAUCAUCAAAGACAAGGAGAACUCGUUUGGAGAGAGGAUGGAGGCUUUAAUUUUAAUAAUGUUUUCAGUUAGGAUCAGGAUGGAUGGGAGGAUACAGAUAGGAUACACAUUGUGACUGACUGGGCUCAAUGACGUCGAACCAUCAGUUGAGUGAUGCUUCAGAAGAUCAUUGGGUUUGCUACUAUCCGAACAAGGCUUCAAGAUACGGUAUACGAUGAAGAAGAUGAUGAUGAUGAUGAUCUGCCCGUGGCUCUUCCCCAACUUCUAACACGUACCUCCCUCCCG